UUUCACUCCAGCUUACCUUCUCUCUCAAACGAACACAAACCUUCACACAUUUGCACUCUAACGUAGACACAAACAUAAAUUAAUUUAAAAGCAAACACACACACAUAGGUAGAACACACACAUGGAAGUUAGUCAAUGUUGCUCAGCUGGCAAACAACUGACAUGUACGUUUUUCUCACUUGUAUGGACAGAACACACUCCAGGCAGCAUUUCACUCACACUCUCACACACACACAGGCCCCACAAGGAGAGCAUUCCUCUGAGUAGAAUAAGUGGAAGAAAACACUGCCACUGCUAAUAUUAACACACACACACACACACACACACACACAGAAACAUACAUAGCAGAUUAUGCAAUCUCUGUAUAGAGAGCACAGUAAGAAAACAUCACCCAGAGGACCCCUGAACAACAGAGGAUGAACUGAUGCAUAGAUGGAUAAUAAAAAAGGGUAAAAAGAGAAGCCAUUAUUAAAAAUGAAAAGAGGUCCACUUAUGUCAGAUGUGACCGUUACAUGGAGAAGUCAUGGCGUCUUGUCCCAGCCUGAAGCGUUCUCACGGGGGGUGUUUGUGAGAAGGACAAACAGAGCGGUCACCCCCUGUCAUUAGGCCUGUGUGCUUGGCGCUCUCGGUAAACUCACCGCCUCCGAGGAUUGUGGGAAGAGACAUGCAGCCUGAUCCCUGUGGACAGGAGGGCAGGAAACCAGAGAGCAGCUCGACUGGGAAACCUUCCCCCAUAGCUGUGUGUGUGUGUGUGUGUGGCCUCGUAUCUUGCCAUCCCGCUCUCCCUGACACUCAAACAUAGAUUCUGUUCUCUUCCCCAUAAGCUGGUGAAGUGGUCCAGAAGUGCCUCAUUCACCCUCAAGUUGCGCCGUUAGAGUGCUCGCGUCACAUCGCCCAGCGGUUCGCCGGCACAGAAUUGCCCAUCGUCACACCGCACAUUUCAGCUGAAAAUCUCCAUCUUCCGUCUUCAUAUGCAGUCGUUGUCUCCAGCACCAUUUGCUGUCUCUACCAGCAGGACGGCUGGAUUUCUCUCAUCUCUUUUUCACUUAUUUUAUUCUGUUUCUUUGUUGUUUUUUGUUGAGUUGUUUUGGAAGAGUGCUCAAACGCUCUCAUCACCAUGGCAAUCCCAUGGAAACCAGACUGCGAGCGAUUGUGAAGCGCUGAACUGGAGGGCCUACAUUGUCACGCUGGGAGGGGCAGGCCCACUGCGUGGCUUGCUGGUCGCUGCAUCCGCUGUUCCAGUGUGUGUGAGGUUGCGCAGAAACACAAAGGUAUUGAGAGACGUCUGGCGUGGCGAUACCGUGAGCAGUAUUUCGGAGGAGAGCAGAGUCUAGCACAUGCUACGUCACGAUGCUCAUCUGACACACAGAGUGCCUGGCAGGCAAAGCUGAUCCCUGUUAGAAUCAUGAAGAGACUCCUUCGCUAGAGACGGAUGGUUUGGGAAUGAUGGAUGUCCCCAAUGGCCAAUCAAAUGUCUCCGCCUCUGCAGUCACGGCGUCUGAGAAGAGCAGCAGCUCGGAGUCCCUGAGUGACCAGGGAUCCUCGGAGCUGAAGAAGAGCUUUGACGCCGUCGUCUUUGAUGUGCUGAAGGUCACUCCCGAGGAAUAUGCAAGCCAAAUCACCCUCAUGGACGCGCCAGUCUUCAGGGCCAUCCAGCCGGAGGAGCUGUCGAGCUGUGGCUGGAACAAGAAGGAGAAGCACUUUACUGCACCCAAUGUUGUGGCCUUCACCCGCAGGUUCAACCAGACAAGUUUCUGGGUUGUAAGGGAGAUCCUUCACGCCCAGACAUUGAAGAUAAGGGCAGAAGUGUUGAGUCUCUACAUCAGGACUGCCAAGAAACUGUGUGACAUGAACAACCUGCAUGCGGUCAUGGCAGUUGUGUCCGGCCUGCAGAGCGCGCCCAUCUUCAGACUCACCAAGACCUGGGCACUGCUGAGCCGUAAGGACAAGGCUGCGUUUGAGAGGCUGGAGUACCUGAUGGCCAAAGAGGACAACUACAAACGCCUGAGAGACUACAUCAGCAGCCAGAGCAUGACCUCCUGUAUCCCCUACCUGGGUUUGUACCUGUCUGACCUGACCUAUGUGGACUCGGCGUACCCCUCCACCGGCAGUAUCCUGGAGAACGAGCAGCGCUCCAACCUCAUGAACAACAUCCUGAGAAUCAUCUCGGACCUGCAGAGAUCCUGCGAGUAUGAAAUACAAGUAUUACCCCACGUGCAGAAGUAUCUCAACUCCGUACGCUACAUAGAGGAGCUGCAGAAGUUUGUGGAAGAUGACAACUACAAGUUGUCCUUAAAGAUUGAACCUGCCACCAGCACCCCUCGCUCCACUGCCUCCAGAGAGGACCUUGUAGGACCUGAUGCGUCAGCUUCACCACUGUGUGGUCGCAGGGGCAAUAUCGCCGAGAGCUGCAAGGUCCCUGCCACACCGCCCUCCCCGCGCAACCUCCUCCCGUACGGACACAGGAAGUGCCACAGCCUGGGCUACAACUUCAUCCAUAAGACGAACACGGUGGAGUUCAAGAGCGCCACGUUCCCCAACGCCGGUUCCAGACACCUCCUGGACGACAGCGUCCUAGAGAGCCACACGCCCACACGAGGCCAGGCCGAGAGCUCCACGCUAUCAAGUGGCAUAUCAUUGGGAAGCAGUGAAGGCUCUGAACUCAGUGAGGAGAUGUCAUGGCCUGCAUUUGAAAGGACGCGCUUCUAUCACUCUCUGGGCCCAGUCACCCGCGUGGCCCGCAUUUCAUGCCGAGGAGUCCUCAAGCCCAGCAGCUCGGCUGAGUCUGAGGAGCUGGCUGUGCACCUGUACCCAGGAGCUGUGACGCUGCAGGGAGUCCUGCGCCGGAAAACGGUCCUUAAAGAGGGCAAGAAACCCACGGUUGCAUCAUGGACUAAGUAUUGGGUGGCUCUAUGUGAGACUCAGCUCUUUUACUACCCUGCCAAGUCCCUCAAGGCUACAGAGAGGAAGCACUUCAAAUCGACAGCCAGCAAGAGCACGUCAGUGGUGGGUCUGAUGGCCAUGAUGCCGGACGACCCUGAGCAUCCCGACGUUUUCCUCCUGACCGACUCUGAGCACGGCAACUCUUACAAGUACCAGGCAGGCAACAGGAUGAACGCGCUUCUUUGGUUCAAACACCUGAGUACAGCGUGUCAGAGCAACAAGCAGCAGGUGCCAGCUAAUCUGAUGUCCUUUGAGUGACCGACACGAGAGGAGACACAGAUGGUCGGACGGAAAGCAAACAGGAAAACCAAACAGAGAAGAGAGAGAGCAAAGGAGAGCAGAGGAAAAGAAAAGAGGAAAGGAGAGAAGAGAAGAAGAGUAGAGACUCAACAGUACUGGGAGCUCACCACUGCCAUGAGCCCACCCCUUAGCCUCACUGCUACCCACCUGAACCCCACCUGCCACCAUUGCCUUAAAGAGCGUGUGUGUGUGUGUGUCUGAGAGGGAGAGAGUGUGUGCGCGCAUGCAUGCGUGUGUGUGUGUGUGUGUGUGUGUGUGCGUGCGUGCGUGCGUGUGUGUGAGUGUGUGAGAGCAGCACAGUUGCAGUGCCCCUCACUUGAGACUGCAGCAGGCCUAUUGACGGGGGACCCUGGGCUGUCUCUUCCCCUUCCUCCUCCUCCUGCUGCUCUCUCUCUCUCUCUCUCUUUCUCUCACUUUUCCCCUAUCCACCUAUUUUAUCUUUUAUACACUUUGCUCUGGACCUACAAACCAGCACCACCACCCCAGAACUCAUAGAGCCAGAGCCACCUCACCUCCCCUCCCAAACAACAAGACACAGGAAAUGAACGAGACGACGUGAGGAGAGGAGGAUGCCUUAUGUGGAUCCUUUGGGGACUAACGCAUGUCUGUUGGGGCCGCACGAGAUCCUCCUGGGUGUCCUGGUCCUCUCCUCUUUGGUGACUUUGUUUUUUUGCUGUCGCGUUAAUUCUUUACGCUUUGUGUGUUGGUUAUGGACUGUGUGUGUGUGUGUAAAAAGUGUUGGUUAUUGGCUGUAAUUUUGUGUGUGUGUGUGUUUCUUAGUGUGUGCACACCUCUUACUCCAAAAUGGCUGGGGCACUCCUCCAUCAGCCUCUUGACAAAGCAGACUUUUAGACUAUAAAGUGAAGUUUGUUUGAUUUCACCCUCUUUUCCACUUUGACCGCACUCUAAACAGCGUUCAUCCAUAACCACACACACACACCACAAAACACUGAUUGUCUUUUCACACACUUGACUUGGGCUCAAAGAAGCAUGACACAAGAUUUUCCACACUUCUGUGUCAUCCAAGCAAGUAGACGUUAUACACUUGUUAAAAAAGUGAUUGCGACACAGAAAUGUAAAAAGGGCUCCAGCAACUAAUGAAUACCAGAUGAAAAACUACAAUUCCCAGAGGCCUCUGAAAGAUUAUUUCCCCCUCAUUUCCCCCUCAUGUCUCCUUGGCGAGCUCACCUGCAGAUCUGAAGAGCUAGAUGGACAGAUUGUGAAAUGGAGGUGGUGAGGGGGGGUGUUAAAGGUCACUGAAGUUCAAGUGAUGAAAAGGUUUCCUUAUCAGUUUUUCUUUCUUUCUUCUUUCUUGCUAUGUCUUUCGUUCUUUUUUCGUGGCUGAGGUAUUCAAACCCAGCUGGCGUGAUAUGGAGGUGGUCUCCCAAUGUCUCAGUGAUAGCCGCUGGGAACGUCACCUUUUCAGAGGGAGAGAUUAUGCGAGUGGCCGUUUCCUGUAAACGGCUGCACGUUUCUCUUGUUUGAGGGUGAAAGAAGAAAGUAGUCACGUCCGUAGAAAAUCCCUCCUGUCCCCUUCUGCCGAGACUGUACUGUCAGUGAGUUUGUUUGUUUGUGUGUGUGUGUGUGUGUGUGUGUGUUUGUUUAUACACUUACGUAUGUGUGGAAGGGUAUUGACACCAACCUUCCCACAAAGGUGUGAAAAACCUAAGAGAAGAAAGUCACCAAAGUCUAUAUGAGAGCGUGUAUAGUUCUUUUUCUUUUUUUUCCCAUUUCUGAGCUUCCUCCUUUUAGGUAUUGGUCUGCGACACAGCUGAAAUGCAAAGCUAUCAUGGAGCCAUUUGUUAUCUGUUUUUAGUUCUUUUUUUAUUGUUUAGUUCCUUUUUUAAAAUACUGUCUUAGUUUUCAAUCUGAUUUUGGAGGGUGGUGUACAGUAUUACAGUGUAGACCAAGUUGCACAUGUCUAGGUUGUUUUAAUUGUCUGUUACUUUUUUAUGUUACAUUUCAGUCAAUGUCCUCCUGUUUUGUUUUUGCGUUUUAUUUAGUUUUUAUCUUUUUUUGUGGUCAUUUUUAUUUGUGAUGAAUGACUUCCCGUGUGUCCUCCAUGGAAAGUCUGUGUUCUGUAAAGCAACACGUUGUGUUGUCCUGUUGCGUUAAGACGGGCCUGGACAAUGUCCUGUUGCAUUAAGACGGGCCUGGCCAAUGGUUCAGCAGGGAUUUCCUAUGAGCUUGGAGGAGCUGUAGGAGUGUGUAAGUGUCAUAUAAUUGUCAUAUUAAUUUAACAGGAGACUAACCCAAUAACGUGUUGUGUAUUACAAUCCAACUCUGACUCUAGAACCUGCUUAACCACACUUUGAUGUGCAAAUCUUUUCCUUGCCAGACAUUGCAGAUUUUGUGUGUGUGUGUUAUGCAUAUGCCCGUGUGUGCCAGUGUACAGACAUAACAGCUCUUUUCUCCGACUGCUGGUGGGAGAGAGUCAGGUGUAGGUCAGCAUUACCGAAACCCCCUCCGAUGGAAUGAGGGUGUGGGCAGUGGGUGGUCACCUGUUUCCCCUCUAUUGGUUUGUCUCUUCCAAACUUGAGAAAAUCCCUGGGAGUUUUCAUGCAUGCCCUCCAUAGCAUUUUGGCACCAUUUCAGAGAAUCUUUUUGUCUUUUUUCCCUAUUCCUGGCACGUAGUCCAUCCCCACAUUCCUGACUUCGGAGAAUUGCUAUUGCUGCAGUGGACCAGUCCAUUAGUGAAGGAAAGAGACUAAUUUGUGCCAUUUAUGACUGUGUCUGCUGAGCACUUCACCUUCUACAAGCCUCAGCUGCGGUUUAGUUCGACCUGUUAAAUCCUUUGCUAGCAAUUAUGCCAUCAUCUAUCUGACCCCACACAUUCAUUUCACUGCUCCAGCUUUUGUUUCCUUCAAAGUACAUUUGCAGGUUUUCUAAGGUUAUUAUUUUGAAGACAUUUCAUUUUCCUGGAGAAAUGUGCAUACGUUUCAUUGGUUAUAGGAGCGGUUAAGCAAGGUAUGCUGACAAAGUGCAGCAGUGAAUGAUCUUGUUUUAAUGGUCGACUGCAGCAAAUGUGCCAUUGGUGAUGGUUGAUGGAGUUUGUAUUUGAUGGAUCCCUAGGGAUCAAUUAUUCAGAGCAGACAGAAAUGUCAGAUUGUGAAGGUUAAAUGGAGAGGAAGUAGUCAUCUCUUCCGGAAUGAGACCUCCCUUGUAAUGAUGGAUCUGAUUUGAAAACGGAUGUUAAUCGACCACAAAUACUUUCGGUCCUCUCUUGAGUGGUCUUUUCUAAGGUUAGCAUUAUGUGCAUGUGUCUGGCAUUAUGUAUGUAGUUCUGUAAUUAUACUUUCAUAAGUACCACUCUCUCAAGAAACCCAAACCCAAAUACACCAGAAAGCAACUGUCCCCAUGUUAGAUAUCAGCGGGAAAGCCACACACUGGUUUUACCCGCUCUGACCAACUGAGGUCCCUAGUGAAGCGGACUUAGGAACAGAUGAGAGGAGGUUUUCGUGAUGGUGAUCAGACUCAUUAGAGUGUGUUGUGGGUGUGGGAGAUGGAAAGAGUGUUUGCGUAGCGAAAGCCAGCCACUUUUAGACAGGCCCCUUCACUUAUCUGAUAUGAUUUGCGGUGUUUAAAAGGCUCUUGACCUUUUCUGCAAAUGACAAACAGUGAUUGCAUCACCAGCCUUUGACCCAUUUUGUCAUCUCCUCGCUCUCUCUCUUUUCUCACGCACGCACUCACUCACUCUCUCACUCCACUUCUCAUCUAUUCUGUUGCAUCUAUCAGGCUGUGACUAGUUUGAACAAGAAAGACAUUUCAGGGGAAAAUGAACAAAACCCAGUGAGAGAGUGAGAGAUCUUAACAGUCAUGAGGAGCAGUUCUACAAAAGAGAACUGGCCUGAAUACUCUGAAUGCUUUACUCAGGAGCUGCUGAUCUAUUCAUGCCUGUCCUUCCUCCCCAACCACACCACUCUGUGGGCUCUUCAGUACUGUGCCAGUGUAGACCACCUACAGGAAGCGUACUGAUUUACCCCCCCCCCCCCCCACCCCCCCUUUUGCUCUGUCUUGUGUUGUAUGUUUACACGAUUACACAAGCAUCUAUGGUAUGCGUAGGUAAGGCAGUGUGCCGCAUUCUUGCGGUAGAGCACAGCUAACGUGAAACGGUAAGCAGUCGUGACGUGUGCCCUUAGGACAACAAAUUAGUGUACAAUCGCACCAAGCAAACAGUGGUUUUAUUGGGUUAACUAGUUGUCUCUGCAUCAGGUCAAGUGAUGUCUGUGCAUUAUAUGGAACACAGUUGUUACGUAUACAGUAAAACAUGCAAAGAUUUCCCUUUGACAGAAGGGUUUUUUUUUUUUUCUGUUACAGUGGAUGGGUUGUGUUUUGUUUUUGGGGUGGUUUUGUGGGUCAAGGGAGUUCCUUUCUUUUUUUUUCUCUCUCUGUCUCUAAGUGGAGCCCUUACUCUUGUUUGAAGGUAAUGCCCUGGGGCUGUGGGGAUGACUAAUGCAUUACUGUAUGUGAGAGUGUGUUCGAGGCAGAGCAGUUCAUUUGGCACAAUGCCUAGAAAGCAACUCAUGAGGCAGAGGAUGCAAGAUGAUGCAGGAUGCCAUGUGAUUCCCGUGCAUCUCUUGAAACACUCCCACCCAUUUCACAUACACACACACAGCCCCCUUUAUCCCUGAGUCUCGACAACCCAUCCCACCCCUCCCAGACACAUGCACAAAAUCACCUCACUACCCAUCUAAAAGUCCCCUGUACCCUAGCCAGCACGAUGACCUCAAACCUGAGUGAUGUGCUCCGGGGCCUCUGAAGAAAGUUGACCCAAAUAAAUACUUCUAUUCAUUUUUUACCUUGUUUAUUUUUUUGUUAUUCACCUUUGUUCUGCAAUAUUGUGAACCGCGCUUAAAGGCUGCGUUGACUGGGGUGAUGUGAAUGACUUGUGGGUGAAUGUGAGCACUUAGUGGGUGAUGUUUGCAUUGAGAGUGUUUGUGUGUGUUUGCGCAUAAGCUAGUGUAAAAACACUUUAGGUACUGGUUUAAUUAUACUCAUUUUGAUUCCUCCUUUUAAAAAUAAAACUACUUGAAUUAUUAA